UCAACUGGUAGAGGAGAGAGACCAGAAAGUCUUUUUCGGCCUUGGUUAACCGUCACCAUCCCACCGAAUCCACCCCUGCCCGCAUUGAAUGGCUACCUCUCGGAGAGGCGAGACAACAAGCUCAAUAUCGAGACGCAUCCCGGACACGGCGAGCCUUGCCUUCUCCUUGGUCGACGCCUCCCCCCCUAUCCCCACUCACGCGCGCUUGUAUUGCUGAAGAACAGAGGCCAGACUUUUGUCGGAGCCGAGAAUGUCGUAGACUACUCGGUGAGAGUAGACCAAUGACGGAGAACUAGACAAAUGGCAAUACAAUGCAUUGGACGGCUGGGCUCCACGACGAGCAAGGCACAUGUAUCGUUGCCAUGGGAGCUCCGCCAGUCUGCGAAGCCUUCUGCGCCUCUCCAUCUCUCUAUUUCCCCCUCGGUUCUCAACCACUUCCACAGGCCCAGGAUGCUCAACAUUUGCCGAUUACGGGCCAGCUGUGGAAGAACAGCGAGGUCACACAAGGACCCAAAAAGGAAGAAGAAGGAAGAGGGCGGCAUCUGCUUUGAGAAGAAGGGCGCUUCUCAAACGGUAAAAGCGCCCAUGCUCCCCCCGAAUGACACCGAAAGGGCCACCACGAGGCAAACACUGGGCCAGUGUCGUCCGGCGUCUGGUGAGACGGCCAUCUCGGUCCCACUUGGAGGGCGGGAGAAGGGUGGGGGAGGAGGCAAACCAUGGCACUCGGUUCGAUUGUCCGACGCUGCCACGGUACAUUGACCGUGAAGGCAUGAAUCGGGGCCAUCAUUUACGGCCGUGGUGGACGCGCAGAAGGGACAGGACAGGCUGAGUCCGCAGUCUUUUUCCCCCGGUUCAUGUACAUGCCGAAGGGGGGGGGGGCAGAAUCUAAUCAGAACCCGGACGGAGAGAGUAUUUCAUUCAACGACAGAAGGGGGAAACAUGAAAAACAGCAAAAAGCAAUGAGAGAAAACCCUGACAGAGCACACACACAAAGUAAAAGAAAGGAAGAAAGUCAGGACUGCAGAAAGCUACGUGACGCAAGCCAUCGUCAGUGGAAUACGCUUGUGUGGGUGUCGCUGUCUCCCCCGUGUUACGCUGCCGGAGCGGCCACACACCCC